AGCAAGAUGUCUUAUCAACAGCAGCAGUGUAAGCAGCCCUGCCAGCCACCUCCUGUGUUUCCACCUAAGUGCCCGGAGCCAUGCCCACCCCCAAAGUGCCCUGAGCCGUGCCCACCUCAGCAGUGCCAGCAGAAAUGCCCUCCUGUGCAACCCCCUCCACCAUGCCAGCAGAAGUGCCCACCCAAGAGCAAGUGACAGCUUCAGCAUCCAUCAGGAUCAGGAAAAGACAAGGACAAUUGGCUCACCUCGUUCCACAGCUCCACUUUCACCUUCUCUUCAAAGCCUGCCUGGAUACAGAAGGGGCUUCUCCCUCCUUCAGCCUGUAAAACGCCUGUGUGAUUCCUGACAGCGAAAGGGUUCCGUCCUGAGGCUGUUACACUGCUGCUCUCCGGGAGGUAGCUGAGAAAGGGUGGUCCUCAGCUGUGCGGGCAUCCCAGAGCUUCAGAAGAAAGAACAGCAGCUGUCUUCCUGGUGCCAGCUGAGGAUUCUCUUGAUGUCUUCUGUGUCUGUCUGUCACCUGGGCAGGGGUUUGCAUCACCUGGGCAGUUGUUACUUUUCUUCCAUUUCCUGAAUAAAGUGCAACAU